AUGCGCGAGUACGACGAACCGAGUAUUGGCAAGCAAGCCACAGUUCAGAAAUACAAGGAGAACCGCGAAUUCCUCCACGUCUACGAACGCCGUGUUCUGUCUCACGCGACUUCUGCCGACGGGAGAAAGGUAUUCUGCGAGAUGGAGAACGCCGUGCAUGUGUACGAGGAAAUCCUGGACCCGUUUUACACGAGACGGCCGUUGCAGUCUUCGAUGAGCAAGGACUCAUCAAGCAAUUGA